AUCGCAGUUAUUUUAUAAAUUCGGUUGACAGUCGCCUCUUCACCCUUCAAUCACAGCCUUUGUUUGUUUGUCGGAGAGGCUCAUAUUUCUGGGCCUGGAGCCGUGUCCUAUUUGAAAGGCAAGGGUCGUUGGAUCAGCGGAAGGAAACCGAUUUGUGAGUUUUUGUGCAGCUGUAGCUUGGAGUCGUUUUCUUCUCCUGUAACGGGUACGUGAACUACAAAGUUUUUUGUAAUUCCGUUCGGGCAAGGGUGUAAACAAGCAGAACAAACCGCAUAACCAUCGUACCAUGCAGAUCGCUUCAAUAUCGUGACCUUGGAUUGUGGAUAGCUUUGUAUCUAAUAAUUUUUUGGGAUUGUGAAUAGUGUAGUCUCUUUUUCCGCUGAAUCUUCGCUUGAUUUACCUACUCUAUGAGUAAGGAAACAAGAGAUCCCGCAUAGGAAACCUCUGGGAAUAACUCAGCCGCGCGUGGCGAUCCACAUUCAUGGAACUCGAUAUUACAAGGGUCAAAUGGCUUUGAUUUAUUUCAGGUGAAUUUUGAAGCUUUUUUGAAUUUGCAAAAUUCUUUUAGAAUUAAAAAAAAAAAUUAAUUAGUCUUUAAACAGGAGUCAAAUUUACAGUAAGCUUCAGUUUAGGUUUUUAAUUAAAUCGAACCUCAAUCUUCGCUAAGCGGACUCUGCAAACCGUCUGCAAAAUGGCUAAUAUGGUCAGCUCAGACUGAUAACAAACACUGCAGUUGGGAUCUCGUGACGUUCGUUCAUACUAUUUUAUUGCGUGUGAGCCAUUAAGGGGAUCUUCGCUGCGAGCUAGCCUACGCUCGAACACGCAACAGCGAAUUGUGGACACGAUAUAGUAAUGAGGCAAAAAAAAUAAACAAUUGCUCUUCGUCGCCCGAUCAUCGCUCGUAUUUUUUUAGCGAGUUGAGGUUAAUAUUUCACUCUGCUAAUAUCAAUGGUUGAUUUACCGAUAGAUAAAUCCAUUAAAACUGUUUUCCCGAGAAAAGUUCAUCAAUCUGUCCGGCUGUGUAAGAUGCUUUAGCUUCAACUUUGUCGAACAUGAGACUUUCCGAUUUGAGUUUCACAUUUUAGCCACUGUCGCUAGCCUUUGUAACAUUCAGAAGGUUUACACAGCCUAAAUAAUAUUCACUCAGCAAGAUUCCCUGUUUAGCAUUCGCACUUGGAAAGUUUUAUUGUUAUUUUACACAAAAGCAUUCUUUCCGUCGAUCUUUGUUGCACAAUUGGUUCGAAUUUCAAGCGCGGUGAGCUUAUAGAAGAGAUAAGGAAGAAAAUCGGGCGCUCAGUGUCUGUUGUCUGUUGCGCAAUUGUUACCAAUCAGCUUUUAUCAUUAUGCAAAGAUACAAUCCAUCAAACCGAGGAGGCGGAUAGCUUCAAAUUGAUCAGUAGUUACGCUGAUUACUAGUAGAGUAACAUUGGUAGUAAUAAACUUAUAAAAAUAAACCAAAGCACUUAUCCUGGGGGAGUUUGCGUAUCAGUUGCACUAUUAUGAGUGGUGUGUCUACGUGUCCGUAAGUAAUUAUUGUGAGCCAGUGUUUGCACUAUUUUAGACACAUUGUCUGACAAGCAGAAUUUUGAUCGCUGAGUGAAUUCAUUUUCUAAGCAACUGAUCAAAAUCUAAGUUUGACUCCAAAUUGUUUAUGUUUAUCUUUGCUUUACGUCGAAAGCGUUUGAGUAGGUGAACGCACAGCAAGGUUUUUUCAGAACUCAAUCUUCAUCGGUCAACUCUCAUUUUCCUUCCCUUUCCCUUCCUUUUCUCUUUCCUUUCUUUUACUUUGCUUUUUUCCCUUUGCUUUUCUCAUCUAUUCUUGUCUUUUCUUUCCUUCUUUCCUUUCCUUUUCUUCUGUUUUCUCAUUAUUCUUACACCAAAAUGAUGUCCUUACCUGGACGUUAACACAGCACGAACGGCUGUUGCCUGUGGGCUCAAAUCAUUUACUUCAUUCAUUCUGUUUUGUCGCAUAUUACUAGGGAGCGAGACAAUGGAGAAAGAGACUGAUUUAAUCGCAGCCAACCACAAUGAAGAGCAUCUGACGCCUGAGCAACGAAAGAGAGAGAAACGAAAGAUCACCAAGAAUGUUUACAUCAUCAGUCUCGGGUUUUUGUUCCUCUUUACCGCCUUUCAGUCACUUCAGAACUUGCAGAGCAGUUUGAACAAGGUUGAAGGACUGGGUUUCUGGUCGCUAUGCGUCAUAUACGCUUCCUUGAUACUGUCCUGUAUUUUAGUCCCUCCCUUCAUGAUUGGAAGACUCGGCUGUAAGUGGACGUUGGUGUUCUCAAUGACAGGCUACGUGCUGUAUACAGUGGCUAACUAUUACGCGCGAUGGUGGACUUUGAUUCCUGCCUCUUUUAUUAUCGGUAAAUGGAUUGUUCUUUUGCAAUCUUGAUUUUUGACUCAGUUUACAAGGACCAACAUGGAGUGACCGUAGUUUUGAAAGCUUCUCUAUGUCGAGUUUAAAGUAUCGCCGAUCGGGACGUUAAACAAUACAUAGUCCUAUGUCGUGAAUCAACACGCUGCAAAUUUAGUAUCUAUCUUUUACCGUUAACCAACGUUUCAAUUCUCUUUUUAAAGGAAUGUGUGCAGCACCUCUUUGGUCUUCAAAAUGCGCUUACUUGACCACCACAGGAAUCCGUUACGCUGAGCUUAACCAUGAAACCCAGGACGCGGUCGUGACGCGCUAUUUUGGAAUAUUUUUCCUGAUCUUUCAGAGCGGCCAGAUCAUCGGGAACCUCAUCUCUUCGCUUGUCCUUCAGCAAGGAAUGGGAGACACCUUCCGUGAAAACGCCCGAGACGUCUGUGGCGUGAACUUCUGCAAGCCAUUGCCAGCGACCGGAAAUAAAACAGACGAGUACGAUCACAAGCUUGUUAUCAGACUUCUUAGUAUUUAUGUUGGUACAGGAGUAUUAGCUGUCGUGCUGGUGAUCGUACUUCUCGACCGGCUUACCGGAAGCCUGGACCGGCGAAAGAAGCAGGAAUCUGGCCUUAAUCUAUUGGUUGCCACUGUGAAACACUUGAAGGACUGGCGCAUGCUUCUGGUGUUACCGCUGACCAUGUUCAGCGGGCUAGAACAGGCCUUCACGUUUGGAGAUUUUACACAGGUAAAAUUUGUUCUCAUCUGUCAAAAUCAGGUUAAUACAAUAUCUCUAACGGGUUUCCUUUUGGAUCCUAAACUGCAUUAAUUUCCAUGCUUACUGUUUUUAGAAAAUAGUUUUCGCUGAGUAGAUGGGGGGGGGGAAGUCGUCGCACAGAGUUUAAAGGGGGGGACUAUUGAACAUUGAUUGUCGAUGAGGGGGAUCAUUAGACUACUACAGAGCCUUUGGAGGGGAUCAGUUAAAUAUCAUUUUGAUACAUCCAAAAUCUCCUCUUCCCCCUUAGGCGAUGUAUAACAACCGGUUCCUUAGCGCCUUUAUUACUGAUAUAUUACACAGGCAUUCGUCACUUGUUCGCUCGGAAUCCAUCGUGUUGGUUUUGUUAUGAUCUGCUUCGGUGCCACCGACGCGUUCUUCUCGCUGACUCUGGGCCGUCUUACUAAGUACACUGGGAGAAUUCCAAUUUUCAUCAGUGGUGCGGUAAUACACUAUGCUACCAUUAUAGUUAUGCUGAUUUGGAAGCCCGACUAUCAUAUGGUGUGGGUGUUUUAUGUCAUUGCUGCUCUAUUGGGAUACUGUGACGCAGUUUGGCAAACCCAGAUUAAUGGUAAGGCAUCACAGGGACACCAAACGUGAUCGUAAUGAGGCUGGCUAAGUUUGGUUUUGCGUUAGAUAGAUUGAAAGCGUAAAGGAAAUCAUUGAGUAAUAUACGGAACGAUAGACUGACGGGCGGCAGGACGGACGGACUAAGAGGUCAACUGACAGUCUAACUGGCCAACUGUCGGAAAGAAUGUCGGUCUGACAGAGGGACUAAUGGGCUAACGGACGACUGAUGGACUUACCGACGCACCGACUGGCUUGCUCAACUUACCUACUGAUGAAUUGAUGUAUUGAGUCUGCUGUUAUUUACUUUAUUUGAUCUUUGUGGUCAGUUUAUUCAAAUUUGUUUCAUUAAUACUUGAAAAAGAAUCAUGAACUUGAUCCUUUGUUUUUUAGGUUCAAUCACAAUGUUUCCAAUUCUAUUUGAUCCCCUGUUUUAUCUCUGUUAUUACACUGGGAAAUUCAAUCACGUUUUUGUUUAAAAAAAAAAUAGCUUAACCAGGCUGAGUUAUUUUUUUUCACUACAACAGCAACAGAAUCCUCUAAAGUAUUGGCAUGUUAUGUCUCAGUUAAGGUCCAAGUUUGAUAACUUUGAAUGUCAUUUUUCUCAAUACAGCCAUGUACGGCGUGUUCUUUCACGACAACCAGGAGCCAGCGUUUUCUAAUUACCGUCUGUGGGAAUCACUUGGCUUCGUGAUUGCUUUUGCAUACGCCAACUACCUGUGUAUCAUUAGCAAGUUAAUCAUCCUCUUGGUAGUUUUAACCCUCAGCUUGGUCGGGUAUUUCCUCGCCGAGUAUGUGCAUAAGAUUCAAAUCGACCAAGAAUACUCUCUCGCAGACGGCAUGGUGUUAGAAGAAGCCAGCCAAACGAGAUCUUAACUGAAGAAGGAAUCAGUACUAUGCUGUUUUUUUAUGAAGCAGCUUAAACUUUGGCCAGUCAUUAUCAUGGUUUUGUAUGUGAUUCAUCUAUUAUGGUGUUUAGGUUGAUAUGUAUAGAGGGUUUCACUCAAAAAA